AUGUCGACUCCAGUACAUAAUUUUCAAGAUGUCAGGACUCCGGCAAAUAUUCCUGCAGGUGAGCAGAACUUAGUCGCCGAAAAUGGUCGAGAGCCGAAUGAAUACGAUCCAUUCAAACCCGAGACGGAGAACUUUCAAGAUGCUCUGGGUGCCAUUGCCGAUGACCAGCCAUUGCGUGCCAACGCAAGAGUUCAAGAGACAGUAGCAAAACUGAACCCGGUCCCCGCCAUUCAGCAACAAUCGAGUGUGAUAACGGAGCACUUCACUGCAGAUAGCCAUGAUCUUGCUCGCGGCUCAGAGAUUGAGGGUGCUUUACAAUCCCACGAUGGUCAAAUUAAUGGUAUGGUGAGGGACAUUGGUUGGCACAAAACCAAUAAUGAGAUCCCGGAUCCUCUCAUUGGCGGUCUAUUAAACGGACAAUUGUUUGCCAUGAUCAGAAGAUUCAACAAGGAUGUAUUUUCAGUCGAAGCUGUAUCUCCCUAUGUCGCCAGAGGUCUCGAUUUGAACGACGCUUGGAGCGAUGAAUAUGCAUCAGACAAAAUCACUUUGCAUCUCCAGCGACUAUACCUGAGCAUCGUUCUCGGCCUAGCAAGCUUCGGGAAGCAGGUCUCUCGACUCCGUUCUUGGAAAGAGACUCAGCGAACUUCGGCAUUUUGCUCAGUGUACUUCGUAGCAUGGCUCUUGGAUCUCCUCAUGCCACUCUGUCUCGGGACCUUGAUGCUCGUUGUAUCCUCCGAAACGUGUCGCGAUAUACUCUUCCCACCUGCACCCCGAGCUCUCGUCAACAUGAACACAGGAGGGCUUCAAAACCCCGCAUCUGGCAAGCUUGGAACCGACGACAGCUUGACAGGCGCACCUGAGAAACAACAGGGAGAAGCAAUCGAAGAGGAAGCUGCCAACUUCGUGAAGAACGUCCGACACAUGGUCCAAAAAGCCGUUGGUAUGCACGAAAAGGACCAAAAUGAGGGCGAUCCACUUGAGGGGAAAGUGCCAAAGCCGGUCCGGAAGGCUGUGAAAGCAGUUAAGGCUGAGGGAACUAGCGAUGGGCACGCGACUGAAGAAGAUGAUCAGACACAAAAGCCGAUGGAAGAUGUAUUGUGGAAGAAAGCAAACCCAGAAAAUCUGGCUGAUAUGAUGGAAGUUGCUCCGCAUGUGGUGGGUGAGAUUGUGGACAAUUGGGAACGAUUUGCGAAUGCACUUUCUCCAACACCGCCAUUUUCCAAACUAUCUUACCUCAGAAUAGAUGCUGUGCUUUUGCCUCUUUUCCUGGGUUCGUUGUUCCUAAGCAGCUACAUGGUCUACAAAGGAACCGGCUUCGCAAUUGGACUUGGGAUUUUUGGCGAUCCUUUGUUGACUCCAGCAUUGAAAUGGCUGAACCACAAUGUUCCUAACUGGGUCGAACUUUUAGAACCCAAAAACAAUAUCUUGCGUGGAGUUCCAACGAACAGCCAGUUGACACUGGCGCUUCUCCGCAUUGGAGAAGUUCACAACACGCCCAUCCCGCCCGUACCCACUUCGAACCCAGAAGAUGCAGACCAGCACCAGGCCAUCGAUCUAGAAGAUAUCCCAGUCGGCUCUUCUCCAUCCGCGAAACUUUCAGCAAUUCAAGAGUCGCCAUCGACGCAAGCCCAGCACGAAGAAAAGAAACCCAAACCCAAGCACAACAAACUGUCCAAGAUAAGUCGAAUCUUCAAAGGCAACACCAAAACAGCCGUCGAGUCAAAACUCGCCAUCGAUCACGUCCGCGCAAAAGUCGGUUCCGACAAAGCGAAAGGCCAUCUCGGCGUUCUCCCCAAACCAAAGAAUCUCAUCUACGCAGGACCAAGCCAUUUCAAAGCUCGCCUGGACGGCAAACAAGGCUGGCUGUACAUCACAGAGGGUACUCAACCGAUAUUACUUUACACGAUGAAGGACCCAAGGCCAAACAGUAAAGAUUCUGGAGAAAGCCUGGAACCGGUCGUGCAGAUUGAUGUGGAGGCUAUUAAGAAGUUGAAGCGAGCGACUGCGUUCGUAGGUAAACCUGCUGAGAUGGCGGCGGGUUGGUCGAGUGAUAAGGAGUUGUUAGGUAGUGUUGAGGUUGAGGAUGGGGACGGGAAGAUGUGGAGGUUUACGGCGCUGCCCGAGAGGGACGAGCUAUUCAAUAGAUUGAUUGCUGUCGGUGGGCAAAGAUGGGAGAAUAAGUGA